CACACACUGAGUACAAAUGGGCAUUUGACAUACUGCAUACCAGUUGGACGAUCCUGAACAUCCUUGUGGUUAUUUGACUUUCUUUAGAUUUAUCACUUUUCUGAAGAUGCUGUGGCUAGAUUUCUUGAGACCACUCAUUUUUUUGAGUGCUAGUAUAGCUGCUGCAAAUGCUUACAUGGCUUUCCAGUCCACACCCAAUCGGUUCAGCCUUUACAAUUCUGGAGCCAACUCUGGAAAACCCACUGCUAGACACAAAAACCAUUGUGCAUAUGUAGUGGAAAAGAGUGUUUCUUACACUGUUCAGAAUGGUGCAGCUCCUUAUGUGAAGGCAGAGUACAAAAAAUGUGGUUGGGGUAAAAAGUGUCCAGGACUAAGGUACCGGAUGUUUUACAAGCCAAUGUUUAAAGUUGCACACAAGACAAUGACUGAGUUAGAGUGGCGCUGCUGUCCUGGCUUCACUGGCGUUGGCUGUAACAUUGGACCCACCGCUUAUGGAAUGAAAGCAAUGCCCCCUUUUAAGGGUUAUGUGCCAUCUUACAAAGGUUCUAUGCCAUCUCAUAAAGGUCCACAGCCAGCAAUGAAAGGUCCUAUAUCUUCUUACAAAGGCUCUAUGCCACCUUUCAAGGGCCCAAUGCCUGCCUUCAAAGGACAUAUACCAUCUUAUAAUAGACCAGUAAAUGCCAAUGAAGAGCGAGUUUCUUUUAGCAAAGGUCCAAUGCCUCCAUUUCAUUCCAUCUAUAACAGAAACCUCUGGAAUCAACACAUGCCCCCCUCUAACACAAUGGAUGAAUAUCCAGGCCCUAAUGCUGCACCAUCUUAUCCAGAUAGUUCAUAUGAGACUUAUCAGGUGCCUGAAACAGAUCAUCCAGAUACAGUGUUGGAAGAUGACAAUCCUUUGACCGGAGAUCAAGAUUCUGUAAUUGAUCACAUUUUAGAGGAUCAGGGACCAGUAACAAACUACCAGGAUUCCAUUGCAGAUCAACAACAAUCUAUUUCACAUGCAGAGACAAAGCCAGUUCCUGAAACCCAGGCAUCUUCAGGUGACAGUGAACCAAAUCAGGCUGUUGAAGAGAACAGUGUCAGAGUUGAACGUUUAAAUCAGAUGGAAGAAGAUGUGCAACGAAUUUCUCUUGGUCUUGAGACACUUCGUGCUAAAGUGACUGGCUUAGAAGACCACCUACGUGCCUCACUUCGAGAAGAUGCAAACCGCAUGAUCUCUACCCUUCUAUCUGCAGCUCCAGCUCCCAUAGCUGCUGCAUCUCAGGAUAUGACUAUUGGUUUUGGAGACCUGCCUGGGGGAGCACCAGAUUUAGAGGGCUCAGAUGCCAUAGGUCAGUUCCCAAACCUGGGUGAGUUGGCUGAAAAGGUGGCAGAGCUGCAUGCUGAGGUACUGGCUAAGAACACAGAUCUUAUGGAGUUAAAAAAAACAGUACUGGACCAUGAGGAUGUCCUGCAAAGGUUAUCUGGUGAGGCCGUGAAUUUCACAGACUCUAAACAAGCCCUGGAGGCACUUUUGGAGACCAAGUUUAGUAAGGUAGGAGGAGCGGUCCUAGGAGAGUUUGACAAGCGUGUGGACACUGCAGAGCAGCGCUGUGAGGAUCGGGUAAUGGAGGUACAGCUCCAGUGCAAGAAACAUCUAACAGAUGGGCAGGAACAGCUAGAGCAGGUCGUGAAUGGUAGCAUGACUGCCAUAAAAACAGAGCUUGCAACCAUUUAUGCUGAGCUCCAAUCUCUAGAACCUGAAGAUGCUUGCUGCAUGGCAAUGUCUGGUAUGACUGAAAGGGUGGUUCUUCUAGAGCAGUCAAUGGAUGGUUUAAACCAGUCCCAGGUGCACCUUCAAGCUGUAUUAGGUGGCCACAAGGACCAUGUAGAAGGUAUGAUAGAAGGUAGACUGGCCUAUGUGGAGUCACUUCUGAAUACAACAGAGAAGCAACAAAGAAGUUUUGGUGGAAGAACAGCUAGAAUCCCAGAUGACUGGGUGGAGGAAAAGGUUAAGGAGCUUGAAAUUCGCUUGUUGGCUGCCAUUGAGGAACUGAGUAAUACUACUUCUCCAGUUCUGUUUGAAGGUCUUACAGUCCCCACUUUAGACACAGAAGUCAAGUCCCUCAAAGACAAGGUAGAGGUGGAUCUUGACCUUAUUCAGAAGCAGAUUAAAUCUCUUGAACUUGUUUGCAGUUCGUCUUGUGCUCAACAACCAGUCCUUACAGGAUAUGCUGCAGCAGUAAAAACUGUUGACGAGAAAGACAAGAAAACACAUGAAAAAAUAAAUGGGCAGCUCAAUGCACAGACAGAAAGAUUAGACCAUUUGAAUGCCACUUUAAAUUCAUUGCUCAUGCAGCUGACUGAGAGAGAAGAAGACAAGGAACUUCAAGGUGAGGUAACCCUGCUGAAAGUAAGCAUGCACUCUGUAAAUCACACUCUUUGUGGACUAAAAGAAUCGUUUGGGAAAGUGGUGAACGAAGUUGGACAAACUAACCUUACCUGGCACGAGCGAGAGGAAAGGCUCGCACAGCAGGUUAAAGGUGUGGUGCAAUUAGUUGGACGGCAGGCCUCUAUGUUGGGUGCUGGGGAGAGGAGGCUAACUCGUCUGAAAGGCGAGUUACAGAAUCUACGACGCAGACUGGCUUCUGAGCUCCAAGCCUGUCGCUCAACUGCUCUGGGAGUCCAGAAAGAGGUGACUGAUGUAGGGGGACGUGUGGCCCUAGUAGAAGGUCAGUGUGGUGGCUUGUCACAGCUGUCUGAAGACUUGGAGGUGAUCCGAGGAGAACUAGAGAAACAUUCAGAUGGAUAUUUUUCCCAGGUCAACAGUACUCUUGUCAGUCAUUCCCUCCAGCUAUCUGCGCUUAGAGAUGGCAUAAAAAACUGCACUAAGGCAUCUGGGUUAACAGGGAAUCAAUACAUGCCAGUAACUCAGCAAUGGGAAAAACAACACACUGAUGAACCACAUAAACCUAGAGGUGACCAGUUUAUAGAUCCCACAGAGGUGUAAGAUAAAAAGUUCUGGAAAUCUCCAUAAUAUAGGGAAAUAUAUUUAAAUGCUACACAAAGGCUAAGAUGCAUAUUUAAUUAAUUUUUACUAAAUUAAGUUCUUGGAAUUUAUAUAUACUGUUUAUACUUUUUGUACUGAUUGAAAUUUUAUGGUCCAUUUUGUUUCUGUGAAGUCUGUAAUACUAGACACUGAACAUUAAUGUUUGUCUACAAUGUCCUUCGACUUUUUUCUUCGCUUUUUAUACUGUCAUUUUUAUUUAAAAAAGUUUUU